GUCUAAUGUCUAGAUGGUGUUAUUGAAGGAGCUAAGUGGGUCUCCGUGGGUUAUCGAGUGCAUACUGCACCGAGGUUGAAACCUCCAACAAACCGGAGGUCAUCCAAUUUAUUCCUGCGUGUGCUUGUUUCCUAAUAUUUUCUCAGCAGAUUCAUCAUCGUGCUUAAAACAGUUUUCAAGUAAUAACACAAUAACAUAAGUGAAAAUGGGCUUUUCCGACGACUCUGAAGACUCGACUUAUGCCGAGCACCAGGAUCUAUGUGAGAAGCUAAACAUGGAUGCAGUUGUAGCUGAAGACGCUUGGAAAUCAUACUCAGAUAUAAAAAAACGCUACAGUCUCGAGGGUGAUCAGUUACAUUGGAUUGGUUGUGCUUUGUAUGUUGCAUGUAGAAAGACUACACUUCCCACUGUUGGAAAAAGUAAUGCAAAUAUUCAAGGAAAUGGUAUUUCUUUGAUAAAAUUACUUACUCUCUGCAAUUUACCUUUGAUUGAAUUCUUUACAAAAAGCAAGUCAUGGGCAGAUAUGAACAAUAUGCCAAAAGAUUUUGAAGCUCGAAUAGAUACGUUACAGAAAAAUUUUUCUGUAUCAUAUAUCUUAUUUCAAAAGUAUCAACCUAUAUUCACAGAUAUUUUUAAAACUCCUGAUGAUUCAAGCAAACCAAUCAGAUCAAGAAGACAUAAAGUUGUAGCAUGUACACCAAGUCAACUAUUUGAAUUUUGUUGGACUUUAUUUAUAUGCAUCAAAAGUGGAAUACCUGCUUUAUCUGAUGAUCUGGUCACUUCAUACCAUUUAUUGUUAGAUGUUUGUGAUUUGAUGUAUAGCAAUGCAUUAUUGGCAAACAGGAAGGAUUUAUUAAAUCCCGAAUUUUCUGGUUUGCCUGAAAAUUUUCAUAAUGACGAUUUUGUACCUCCCAAGUCUGCUAAUUGUAUUGUUAAUUUGCUAUGUGAGCGGUAUGAAGCAUAUGCUGUUGAUGCAAUGGGUAUUAAAGAGUACUCAUUGAAACCUUACCUAACUAAGCUAUUCCAAGAUAAAAUCUUAAAGAGUGAACAAUCUAAUUUCUCUGGACUUUUGGAAAUUUUAUAUUUUGAUGGAAAUAAUAAGGCCAUUAAUAAAGUUUAUGAACAAUAUAUGCUGAGUAUUGGAGAACUUGAUGAGCGAAUAUUUCUAGGGCCAGAUUCUCUCAUAGGUACUUUACCUAACAAACUUGUAGUUAUAAAUAAUCUUGAGGAACAGCUUCAAUCUAAAAAUCAAUUGGAAACAAUGCCAAAUUUAUGGCCACCAACACCAUUAACAGGUCGAAAAUAUUUGAAAUCAAAAGAUAUUACUAAUGCUGCGACACCGCCUAUCCCAACCCAAAGUGUCAUAAAGCUUCAAACAUUAUUAGUUGGUUGUCAAGCUGAACCAUCAGACAAUCUCUUACAAGUUUUUGAAAAUAGUUCACCUGACACAAAAGCUUUUCUUGAAGCCAAAGUCGGUGGUUUUGCACAGAUGUUUUGCGACGCUUAUUCAUCCAAACUCCCGGAGCAAGGUGAUAAGCCUUUCUUAGACAUUGGACAAAAACGUGCUCAAUCAGCGCAAACUUUAUUUUAUAAGAUACUAGAAUUAGUUUUAACAGACGAAAUGGCAAAGAAGCCGAACUAUGAUGUAUCGAAUUUGUUGAAGAAUGAAACGUUUCUACAAUGUUUAUUCGCAUGCUGUUGCGAAAUAGUCUUGUAUUCGUAUCAAAACAGGGAUAAAACGUUCCCUUGGAUUCUACAUAUUCUGAAAUUGGAGGGUUAUUUGUUUUAUAAAGUCAUAGAGGUGAUUGUGAAAGUAGUUUUGGAUCAGCUAACUCGUGACAUGGUAAAGCAUUUGAAUCGAAUUGAAGAAAUGAUUUUGGAAUCUCUAGCGUGGACAUCGUCGAGUCCUUUGUGGCAGGUGCUGCAAAGCUGUGAUGCUGGAGUACCUUCUUAUGAAGAUGUUGCAUUACCGAGUACGUUUGAUUUAGACGAAUCAAAUACCCCUGGCCAGCCAGCUUUGAAAAAAAUUACUAUUGAUAUAAAUUCCCAAACCGAAGUUCCGCAAAGUCCUGUAUCAUCUGCUUCGGAAAGGUUUCAGUCUCCCAGCAAAAUAAAUGCUGCUAAGAAACAAUUAUCUUUUACUGAGACUAAAUCUAGUUUACAGAGUGUUUUAAAAGGAAAUACUACUCAAACGUUAUUAUCCCGAACAGUAAAUGUAGCAACAACAUCUGACCAGUCAAAACCAGAUUCUCUGAAAAAUGGUAUGAGUGCGGUUGCUAAUGUUGCUGCGAAACCACGAAGAACUGGUUCCCUCGCUUUAUUUUUUCGGAAAUUUUAUCACUUGACUCACACAAGAAUGCAGACUUUGUGUAACUCUUUGCAAAUCACAGAGCACGAUUUGAAAAGAAAAAUAUGGACGAUAUUUGAGUAUUCGAUGAAGGAGAGAACUUUUCUUAUGAAAGACCGUCAUUUAGAUCAAAUUCUCAUGUCUGCAGUUUAUGUUGUGUGCAAGCUUGCAAAAAUCGAAACAAGCAGCUUUACUGAGAUAAUGCGAUGUUAUAGACUUCAGCCCCAAGCGGAAUCGCACAUUUACCGUUCAGUUCUUAUCAAAACAGUGGUAGAAAAUCAGAUUGAAGCAGAUUCAGUCAAUGUCGAGAAUAGUAGUAACAGCGGUCAUCCACCAACGCCAUCGGGUAUGGCCGCGACUUCUCGAAUCUACGGCUCAGAGGAACGUGGCGAUUUGAUAAAAUUCUACAAUACAGUCUACGUGCCGGAAGUCAAGGAUUUUGCUAAGCGUCUGAAUUCGGAAAACAGUACUCUAAAUUUAAAGCUCAGCCCUUUGCCUAAAUACAACUCGAUUACUUGUCCAUCGCCGGUUAGACGUGUUACUAACAGUGUCAUGACCCGUGUUCUUGAUCCCAAGGAAGUUGCAGCUUCUUCAACAUCUCAGCUUCAAUACUGUUUCAAUCGCAGUCCAGCUAAGGAUUUAGAAACCAUAAAUAGAAUGGUUACGUCAGCUGAUGCAAGAAAAUGCAUUGGAAAACGUCUGCUUGAAGAUGAGACUGAACUAGCGACUUCAGAAAAUCAUAGUGCUUCUAAAAGAGUUGCACGAAAACUCGAGAAUAUCAUUGGAGAGCGCCGCAUUCAAAAUCCGUAGACGGGGUCUGAAUUUAUUAUCAGAUAAGAGAAUAGAAUAUAUUUAAAUUAUAUUGUGUAAAUGAUCGACAAUAAUCGAUCUAAUUUGAUCUUUGUUGCAAAAGAUUGAUUCUAAAUGAUGAUUAUAAAAUGUUGGGUACGCCAAAUUCAUAAUUGCCGUUCUAUAUUUUAUAUUUUAAAUGCAUUAAACUGCAUUAUUAUAGCGUGAAUGAUUGACAAUUGUCGCCUUGGUAACGUUCAUCCGUGCAGUAAUGGCGUGGUGUUAUUAUAAAACAUAACGAUAAAUGUUCAUUAUGAGUUUCACGUUUUGUUACCUAACGCGGCCGCAGAACUUAUCUAAGCAUAAAAGAAAAGUUAGGCUGCGUUAAAAAUUUAUGUCCUUACAAUGGGCAAAGCUGCAAUGUAAAAAUGUGGACAAUUAUGCGUUCCACAAAAUACGAAUAUUCGUAUUAUUAUAGUUAGUGUCCUAAAUCUAUUAUAUUGUAUGAUAUAUCUUUAAAAAAGUAAAAUAUUCUAUACUUUUUAAUAACAAUUAAGUAUAAAUUUUUUAU